CUUUCCUCAUUCAUCUUGUUUCGUUUGUUUGGAGAAAAAUGCUGCUUGGUUUUUAGUCAAUUUUAGCUAAUAAUUAAAACAAAGUUGUAAAUUUUCAGUAAUACUUUAAAUCACCGACAUGAAUUACGAACUGCUACGGCAAAAUCUCGAUCUCUCGAGCGUUCACUCGAUUUGCCGGCUCUGUCUCAGCACCGAGGGCAGACUGGACGAUCUGUUCUUCACCGACACCGGCAACCGGCUCGUCCAGCGCAUCCUGGAAUGUACCUCGAUUCAGAUGGCCCCGGCCAACGGGAUCGCGUCGUCGAUUUGCGUGCGCUGCCGCCUGCUGCUGGAGGAUCUGGCCAAGUUCCGCGACCAGUGCCUUCGCUGCGAGGAAAUCUUCCAGAGCAAGCUGGACUCGAUGGAGACGAUCGAGGUGGUGCCGGACAUUUUCGGCCUGCACAGCGACGACGACGAUGACGGCGAGGAGGAGCAGGAGAUGCCUGAGCCGGAAGAUGGUUCUGCGGAGCUGACCGAUAGUAUUAAGAUCGAGGAAGAUGGGUGGAAAGAUGUCGAGGAAGAACUUGACGAAAGCGCUUUCAAGAUUAGCGCGGUACCAUCGAACGGAAGCAGUCCGCCGAAUGACGAUAGGAAACAACCCGUUAAGAAUUACACGCUGACGCCCCCGAUGGACAUCGAUCUGAAAUCGCUGGUCGUUUACAUCAAAGACAAGAAGCACUGGAAGUGUCCCCAUUGCGAAAAGUACUUCAGCCAGUCAGGCAACCUAAAGGCACACAUCAACACCCACACCGGCUACAAACCGUACACCUGCAACCUCUGCCAGCGCUCGUUCGCCCAGAAAAGCAACCUCAACUACCACAUGAAGGCGUCCCACGAUCCGCAACGUCCGUUCAAGUGCAACGCCUGCGACCGCGCCUUCUCCACGAUGGACCAAAUGGUGCUGCAUCUCAAGACCAAACACGCCCCCGUUGAGACGGCCUCGCCACGGCCCGUUGCCGAUAAGAAGCACACCUGCCCAUACUGCGCAAAGGCGUUCGCGCAGAGUUUCAACCUUAAAUUACACAUCAAUACCCACACCGGCCAGCGUCCCUAUCAGUGUGAGCAGUGUCCAAAGUCGUUCACUCAGCGCAGCAACCUGAACGUCCACAUAAACAAGAGCCACCGAGGGCAGCUUGAACAGGCGUGAGCAGCAACGUGGGGAACUCUUCCGGUGGCCAUCGAGUUUCAAAAAUCGUUUAAAUGUUUGUGUGUUUUGCGUGUGUGAAUUUUACAAACGAUGAUUAUUUCUAGCACCAAUUGUAGCCGUAAGCAAUCACAGAUUAAGAAAAAAAAGUUUACUCAGGAAAGAAAGUGAAUUAUAAACCAAAUUGUGCUAUCACAGCGGAAAAGUUUUCUCAUGUUUGAAAUUCGUAAAACCUAGUGUAAACCAAAUAAAUGAAAACCCUGAUUGUACAA